UUGAAAGAGAAAAUUGGGAUGAAAAACUACACUAUAAUUACAGAGUUUGUGCUUUUGGGAAUAUCAGACAACAGAGAGCUCCAGGUAGUGAUUUUCAGCUUCUUAUUAAUAACUUACAUAUUAAGUAUCACUGGAAACCUAAUCAUCAUCAUUCUCACCUUGCUAGACUCUCACUUAAAGACUCCUAUGUAUUUCUUCCUCUGGAAUUUCUCCUUCUUAGAAAUUAUAUUCACCAGUGUUUCCAUCCCAAGAUUUUUGACAUCAAUAAUUACUCAAGUCAAGACCAUUUCCUAUAAUAAUUGCUUGGCUCAGUUAUUUUUCUUCAUCUUCGUUGGUGUGACAGAAUUUUUUCUGCUAACUGCUAUGUCUUAUGAUCGCUAUGUCGCCAUCUGCAGGCCACUGCAUUAUACCACCAUCAUGAAUCAGAAAGUUUGCACCCUUCUUGUCCUCACCUCAUGGCUGGCAGGAUUUCUGACCAUCUUCCCACCACUCAUGCUGGUCCUCAAAUUAGAUUUCUGUGCUUCUAAUGUCAUUGACCACUUCUGCUGUGACUAUUUUCCUCUCUUACAACUGUCGUGCUCAGAUACUUGGCUCCUAGAAGUGAUUGGCUUCUACUUUGCUCUGUUCACUCUGCUGUUCACAUUGGCAUUAGUGAUUUUAUCUUACAUGUAUAUUAUCAGGACUAUCUUAAGAUUUCCAUCUAUCAGCCAGAGAAAAAAGGCUUUCUCUACCUGUUCCUCUCACAUGAUUGUCAUCUCCAUGUCUUAUGGAAGCUGCAUAUUUAUCUAUGUGAAACCUUCUGCAAAAGAAAGGGCAUCACUGACCAAAACAGUAGCUGUUCUCAGCACUUCAAUUGCUCCCAUGCUGAACCCUUUUAUUUAUUCCUUGAGAAACCAGCAAGUAAAACAAGCCUUCAAAGACUUAGUUCAUAAGGUAGCUUUUGACAGAAACAGGUGA